AUGGCCGACGGUGAAAAGAAAGCCCGCUUGUCGGGUGAACAGACAAGAGCUGCAGAGCCAGCAACACUCCUCCCGACCACCAACAUCUCGGUGACUGAGAAACAACAGCCGCCUGCGCCUUCACUUCAUCCGGCUGUCUACGUCGUGACAUGGAUUGGCUUCAGCGGCGGUGUCAUACUGUUCAACAAAUGGUUGCUAGACACACUCGGCUUCAAAUAUCCCAUCACCCUGACAGCAUGGCACAUGAUCUUCGCCACCUUCAUGACCCAAGUCUUAGCCAGAACCACCACUCUCCUUGAUGGACGCAAGAAUGUCAAAAUGACUGGACGAGUCUAUCUUCGCGCCAUUCUCCCUAUUGGCUUCUUUUUCAGUCUGAGCUUGAUUUGUGGAAAUAAAGCAUACCUAUACCUCAGUGUCGCCUUUAUCCAGAUGUUGAAGGCUACAAUGCCGGUCGCAGUCCUCCUUACCACCUGGGUGAUGGGUGUCGCGCCUCCCAACUUCAAGACGCUCGGCAAUGUGUCUUUCAUCGUGAUCGGCGUGAUCAUCGCGUCGUAUGGAGAGAUCGAGUUCAACCUGACCGGCUUCCUCUAUCAAGCUGGGGGUAUCACCUUUGAGGCCACGCGGUUGGUGCUCGUUCAACGUCUCCUCAGUUCUGCCGAGUUCAAGAUGGACCCGCUGGUCUCCCUGUACUAUUUCGCGCCCGUCUGCGCCGCUAUGAACGGUGUCACCGCAUUGAUUCUGGAGGUGCCAAAGAUGAGCAUGGCCACUGUCUACGAUGUGGGUAUCUUCAUGUUGAUCGCUAAUGCUAUGGUGGCAUUCAUGUUGAAUGUCUCGGUGGUCUUUUUGAUCGGAAAAACCUCGUCAUUGGUCCUCACACUCUGUGGCAUCAUGAAAGACAUCCUUUUGGUUGGUGCGUCUAUGAUGAUCUGGGGCACCCCGGUCAGCGGGACGCAAUUCUUCGGCUACUCGAUCGCUCUCGGCGGACUGCUGUACUACAAGCUCGGGGCCGAACAACUCAAACAAUACAUUUCCCAUGGCGGUCGUUCGUGGUCUGAGUUCGGGGUUCAGCGACCAGCAAUGCGGAAAGCUGUGGUGUUCGCACUGGUCCUCAUCACCAUUUUCCUGCUGCUUGGAGGAUUGGCGCCAACAUAUGCACCUGCCCAGACGAAGAAUUUGAAAGACAUUCUCAGCACCGGGAUUGGAUCGUAG